CAUUGUGCUUUAACUGGUCCUCGAACACCAUUAUCUUUCCAACAUGCCUCCUACAUAAAAUAUCAUCAUCAUCGUCAAAAGAAGAAGACUCUCUUCAACUACACGCUUUUUUUACCCCCAUCUCUCUCUCUCUCUCUCUCUCUCUCUCUCUCUCACUCCCAUUCAUGGCGCUUACACAGCUCUCCAUUCUCCUGCUUUUCUCUCUCUCAUUACUUUCGCCCUCACAAUCACUCACCUGCACUUCCCAAAAAUUCACCAACAACAAAAUCUACCAGCACUGCAAUGAUCUCCCCCAGUUAAACUCCUACCUCCACUACACUUAUGACGCUACCAAAUCAUCUCUCUCAAUAGCCUUUGUUGCAACGCCGCCCAAGCCCGACGGCUGGGUGGCCUGGGCCAUCAACCCAACAGCAACCGGAAUGGUCGGCUCACAGGCUCUCAUUGGCUUCAAGAACCCAGAUGGGUCAGUGGCUGUCAAGACCUACAAUAUCACUUCUUAUGGCCCAAUUGCCGAGUCUAAGUUGAGCUUUGAGGUGACCCAGAAGAGCGGUGAGUUUUCUGAUGGGGUUUUCAAGAUUUUUGCCACGCUGGCGUUGCCGGAGAUGGGGAAGCUGAAUCAGGUGUGGCAGGUGGGGGCGUCGGUCACCGGAGGUGUGCCGGAUAAGCAUGACUUUCAGCCGGCGAAUUUGAAUUCUAAAGGGACCUUGGAUUUGGCUAGUGGACAGAGCAGUGCAACUGGAGGUGGUGGUGAUAGACACAGGAAAAAAAAUAUUCAUGGAGUUCUUAAUGCUGUGAGUUGGGGUAUAUUAUUUCCGCUCGGAAUCAUCAUUGCUAGGUAUAUGAGCGUUUUCCCUUCAGCAGAUCCUGCGUGGUUUUAUCUUCAUGUGUUCUGCCAGGUAUCAGCUUAUGCUGUUGGGGUUGCUGGUUGGGGAACAGGCCUCAAGCUUGGGAGUCAAUCUAAGGGGGUCAAGUACAGCAGUCACCGAAAUAUUGGAAUUGCACUCUUUGUCCUUGCAACAGUUCAGAUAUUUGCAUUGUUUUUGAGACCGGAGAAGGACCACAAGUACAGACUUCACUGGAGAAUCUACCACCAUGGACUUGGUUAUGCGAUUGUCAUCCUCAGUAUCAUUAAUGUGUUCAAAGGUUUAGAUAUUUUGGACCCAGAAGAGAAGUGGAAACGAGCUUACAUUGGUGUGAUUAUUGCCUUGGGUGUGAUUGCUGUAAUAUUAGAGGCAAUCACGUGGAUUAUGGUCUCAAAGAGGAAGUCGAGGAGCUCUACAAAACCUUACAAUGGCGAGCACAAUGGAGAUGGUCGGCAACAACCGCUUUCACAGUGAUGAAGUAAUUUGUUGGCUGGGGACUGAGGUUCCUCGGAAGAUAUUGUUUGUGGUGCGUCCCUCUGAUUGCUUUAAGAUAUUAUUAUGAAUAGGUUGUUUGUGUGCUUCCCUUUAUUUAAAAAAUUUCACAUUUUCUGUAAAAAUAGUCUUUGAUUAUCCCUUUAUAUUGUACACAUAUUCAGUAGCCUUUACGAGUACAUAACUUAUUCCUCUUGAAGCUGUCAGCUUCAUUCUUUAUGGUA